UUCUCAAAACCUCUAGAAGACUGAUUGGUCUUCAAAACGUUGGUUGGGCUGUUAUCCAUAGUGCUAGCAAUACAAUGAGGAGUUCUGUUUGACGUUAUAGGACAUUGCAAGGUUUGCAAAAGCAUUAAAGCUCUUUAGAGCCUACUACAGUCACCAUUCAAUCUACGAUUGCGAGUUCCACCAAAACCACAGAGAUGUAGAUUUUUAAAUAAAAUAUUUAGACCCUCCUAAAACCUUGCGGGUUAAUCACUGCAACAUAACAAUUUGUGCUUGGCUGUAUCUUGAUUGAAAACAUGUGCUAGUUUUUGGUCUUCGGAUGAACUUGACUGAGAAUGGAGCUGCUGUUGAUUGCAUGAUCAGAGGCCAGUCAAGUGGUAUUCCAAUGGUAAUUGGAAAAUAAAUGGUCAUCAAGCUCGCUUCAGGGUAAAACAUUAUUAAAGGGCAUUCAUUACGAAACGGCAGUUUCCCAUUAAAAUACAUGGCAAUGCACUGACAGCAUGGCUUACAAUAUGUACCAAUUGUACAAGUACAAACUUUUGUAAAAAUAAUUGUUAGACGCGAUCUUUUCUUUUCUUGUAGUGAUGAUCUUAGUGGUUAAGUCGAAUGCUCAUUCUAAGACAGAUUAUUAUUUCUCAACGAGAUCACGUAUCAGAACGUGCUUCGUAUAAAUGCAUGGAACAAAUAUAUUGUCGUCGCGGUUGAAACCCGAAGUUUCCCCACACCCGACAAUCGAAUUUUCUCAAAAUCCGUUCGUGAAAGCUAACGUCGGACGUAGUGCGCUGGACAGCGGACCUGGCCCUGUAUCCAGCGCACUGUGCCCGACGUACGUCCGACACACGGUUUAGGAGAAACAUCGAUUUUCGCGUGUCAAAAAUUCCGAUUUUCAACUGCACGAACAAUACUACCGUUCGGGGACAAUGCGCCACCAUGAACAGGAAUGCCAGAGCGAAACCUUUUCUCGUCUCUAAGGACCUGGAACUUGUAACUCUCUUAAGCUAUACUUUGAAAACUAAAACUUCUUUAGAAGUUUCAGAAUUUCUAAUUGUAUAAAUUUGUAAACCAAAUUGUUUGAACAGAGAACUGCACAUCUUCUCAAGGAUCUGCAAAUCCUCGUUGUAGGUCACACCUCCAUCGGAACCUUGAAUGCAAUCCUCUCUCUAUCACAACCCCAUUGGAAAAUUUAUUUAGUGAUAGGCUCGUUCUUCAAAUCGGCGGCGGCGAUGCAUGUGCUUCGCCCUGUACACUAAACUAUCUCCUCAUUCAUUCCGCCCGCACGCGAUUAGCUGGAUUAAUCCACCUAGAAGAACUUAUCGGACCACUCUCGCCAUUGUAACACGCAUCCAUCGAAUGUCAGAUCCCACCAUCACCGCGGCACCCCAUCCGAUUGACAAAUUGUCUCUCAAAUCGCAACGCGGAAAAAUCUCCUAUCAUCGUCACCAUCGCAUCGUCGUCGCCAGCACACACAGCAUUGACGGCGUCGAGAGCCUAUCGGUCAUUUAUUGCACUUUUCUGAUUGCUUCUAAUAAUCUGCAAUGAUAAUACACCGCGUGCCGGGCCGCGUUCUCAUCAGUUUGCAGCGAACCUGGGCACGAUCCGGACCGUCGUCGGUCUCUAUACAUUGUCACUGGAAGUCACUGUGCGACAGAAACUCAACAGAAAAACAGGUAUUCAACGACGCCACCCGGUCACUGACGUCAGAGGUUGCUGCAAACAGAAGAAUACGCGUCAUCCAGAGCUUGCAAGCGCCGGGUCGUCAUCAUGUCUACCGCCGUUGUCAAGCCAGACACCGACAGCAAGAUUAAGGAGAAGAAGCCCGCCAAACCUAUGCUAGGAACAGACUUCAUCCCUCCGGAUGGAGGCUGGGGAUGGAUGGUGGUCCUGGCAGCUGGAUGCUCGAAUCUAUGCACAUUCCCGGCUCUUCAACAGUUUGGGUUGCUCUUCCGGGAACGGCUUCAUGAUCUAGGGAUCAAUUCUUCCGAGAUCACCACUAUUAUCAACACCAAUUCGGCUCUGAUGUCCAUCGUAGGUCUCCUCAACGGACCGAUGUUCCGACGGUUCACCUUCCGGCAGGUGGCCUUCUUCGGAGCAUCGCUCGUAACCUUGGGUCUGGCCUUGACCUCCAUGGCAAACUCCUUUCUCGUGUACCUCGUGACCUUUUCAGUAUUAUACGGCUCGGGCGUUGGCAUAACCGCUUCGGCCAACUCUCUAGCGCUGAACACCUACUUCAAAGACAAACGGCGCUACGCCACCGGUUUCUCCUGGACGGCGACUGCCCUCGGUCCAAUCAUCGCUCCUCACAUCAUCACCUUCCUCUUACCGCGGUUCGGCGUCGGCGGAACCGUCCUGAUCUUCGCCGGGUUCGCCAUGAACGCCAUAGUGUGUUCACUACUGCUACAGCCGGUUCAUUGGCAUGCGAAGCCCCUGCCUCCGCCGGACGUCGAAGAAGCCAAACUCGAAGCACAGCGUUGUCAGUAUUGCCAAUCCCAAACCCGCCCACUACGGAAGGAUCACAGCGUCCUGUCCAGUCAGUACCUGUACAACGCGGACGAUGCCUGCACAACGGGCUACGAGAUCAUCGACCCGGGAACGCCAAUGCUUUCGCGAGCAAACGACGGCUGGUACGGAUCUCGGAUGAAUUUAGGAACCCCCAGUCGGGCCCCUUCAUCGAGACCUUCCUACGCCAAUCUAUCCAGCGCCGUUGAAAGAUAUCCCAAAACUGUGACGGAACGCCAAUACCAAGCCGAUAACAACAGCGCCAAAGGCGGCUUUCGAAAGCGAUCCAAUACCUUCAGCCGGGAGAAGGAUGUUCUCAAGAUGGCGUCCAGCAAGCUUGAGCAAAUUCUCGAUCACGAAUCCUGCUGUCAUUGCACCUGCGAAGAGGAUCGGAAAGCCCUACCUGUUGACCCCGUACAGGAGGAGGACGAUCCCGCACCACCACCACUUAGCCUUCUCCAGAAAGUGGUUAUCUUCUUCGAUCUGGACCUGCUGAAGGACCUGGUCUACGUGAACAUCAUGGUCGGCAUAACGCUCGCCAACUUUGCCGAACUGAACUUCUCCGUCCUGACGCCGUUCGUUCUCGGGGAUUUCGGUUUGACCAAAGAACAGAUCGCGCUGGCAAUGUCCUUCCUCGGCGCGAUGGACAUCUUCUGCCGCUUCACGAUACCGUUCAUCGCCGGCAAGAUCGGCUGGGAGAAUCGGACGUUCUUCCUGUUUGGAGUUCUCAACAUGGCGCUGGGCCGAGUCGUCCUAGCGCACUUCCAUUCGUACCCGGUGGUCAUGGCCGUAGCCUGUUGGAUCGGCUUCAACAAGGGCCUUCGGACGGUAUUCAUGGCCUUGGCCAUUCCGUCGCACGUUCCGCUCGAACGGCUUCCGGGUGCGACAGGCAUCCAGCUGCUCUUUUCCGGUCUGUUCUAUCUGUUCGUGGGACCCGUUAUAGGUUUCAUCCGUGAUCGCACCAACUACACGAUCACUCUUCACUGUCUCAAUCUGGCCACGUACGCUAUGGCCAUCAGCUGGGCCGUCGAGAUGUACUACUUAACACCAAGGCGACUGCAGCGACAAGCCCACCAGGAGGCGCAGAAUGGCAUCCGGACGGAACAGGAGCAAAGGGAACAUCUUUUGCAGAAGCAAAAACAGGAUGUCAUCGUUAGUAGAUAG